AGGCUCUCCGCCUACAGGCUGAAGCGGCGGAAACAACUGAGAAGCAGCGGCUUCAGGCCAAAGCAGACGUAGAUACCCAGGCACGCCGCAAGGAAGCCCAGGAUCUGCUACAGCGGCAUGAAGCCACCAGCAUCUAAAGGCUCAAGUUUUGGCACUUUGAACCAUCCGAGGAGCACGACGACGCGACACCAGAGGAGCAGCACAAGGAAUUCAUGGCCAAACUCGUGACUCGGUUGGUCUACACUUGUAACCACCUGCAGCGGGCCAUGCGGAACCAUAAGGCUCAGCAAGAGGAUGCAGCACGGACACUUGAUUCCCGUAUGCAGGACUUGGAGCAAGUUGCACCAAGACCGGAGGCUGGCGAGAGCAGCAGUGCACCCUCUGCCCGCCAGCUAGAGCAACGCGUCGACCACGUCGUUGCAAUGCUCGGCGACAUCAGCACCUUCGCUGCGCCAACCACCAUCAACAAACAGCCAGACACCUUGAAGACCGAGGUCCAGCAACUGCAGCUGCCUAACAAGGAUGGCAACAGCACAACGCAUUAUAAGAUGCCGACAUUCCAAAUUGAGAAGUUCGAUGACUACAUGCAUCAAGACCCGGUCCUCUGGUGGGAGGGCUUUACAACGCAACUUCGGAUUCUGUUCGUCGCCAAGCACGCGUACAUUGGCGCCCUGUUUCUCAACUCAAAGGGCGGAUGCCAGAUCUGGUUAAGCCACCUGGCAACCGUCCACGACGUCGACGUCGCAGAUCUGAAGGAUAAGAUUUCAUGGGUCAAGUUUCACUUGACCGAGGCGGAAUACAAGUGGCGCGGCCGCUACGACUGCUGCGAUUGGUGCAACAGCACCAAGCACAAGACCUCCCAAUGCCCUGAUCAAGGCAAGGAGGAUGUUCGGCCUCAGCGACUACGACAAACCAAGUACAAAGCCAACCGCGACAAAUGCGAAUUCGCGCGGCAGGAGCUGGAGUACUUGGGACCUUAUGUGACGCCGCAAGGCAUCCGUCCGCUUGCGGACAAGAUGGAGGCCCUCCGCGUAUGGCCCGAGCCCACCAACACCACGGACGUUCGUUCAUUCAUGGGGUUGGCGGGUUACUAUCAGCGAUUCAUCACCGGAUACUCAAGGAUUGCCGCACCUAUGACGAGAUUACAAUCGCCAAAGGUGCCAUUCGUAUUCGAUGAUGACGCACGCCGGUCAUUCCAAGCACUUAAGACGGCCAUGCUCAUGGCACCCGUCCUUAGCAUCUAUGACCCCACCCUGCCUACGAGAGUGACAACCGACGCUUUCGGCUAUGGCAUUGGGGCAGUCUUGGAACAACACGACGGUGACGACUGGCACCCGGUGGAGUAUUUCAGCCACAAAGUGCCUCCCAUCAACUCGCUUGAUGAUGCAAGGAAGAAGGAGCUGCUCGCGUUCGUGAUGGCUCUCAAGCGAUGGCGGCACUUCCUCCUUGGGCGUCUUUGCCGACGAAGCAAGCCCCACAAUCGCAACCCCUACGGCGAGUUGCGCCCGAUGCCUAUCCCACGGGAACCCGGCCUCUCCAUUGCCAUGGAUGUCACCGGACCAUUUCCCCGCGAUCGCCUCGGGCACGACAGCAUCCUCACGGUUGUGGACCGCUUGAGUAAGUAUGCGCGGUUUCUCCCUUGCAAGUACUACUCCACGGGUCCCGAGCUGGCAUGCCUCUUGCACACCGGCUGGAUUUGCGGCCACGGUGUACCGGAAGACAUAGUCAGCGACCGGGACACUUGCUUCAUGUCGGCAUUUUGGACUGCUCUCAUGCAGGAGUCUGGCACGAAGAUGAAACCAAGUUCGGCUUGGCAUCCACAGACGGACGGGCAAACGGAGCGGGCACAUCAAACUGCUCAAAUGAUGCUUCGUACACUCAUCCGUCCAGACCAGAAAGAUUGGGUUGACCGCCUCCCCGACAUCGAGUUCGCCUACAACACUUCGGUGCACCCGACGAUCGGCGUGACUCCAUUCGAGUUGCACCAUGGUGGACGGAAAGGCCGUAUCUUCGCCGACCUUCUCCUCCCACGACCAGCCGACAUCGACGCCGCUUGCUCUCCCGCUUCCGUCCGGAAGUACAGGGAAUUGCUGGCUCAAGCCCGCACAAAUAUGCAAAAGGCUCAAGUCCGCAUGCAGAAGCAAGCCAACAGGCGUCGCGUGCCGUGUCCCAUCUGCGCCGGCGAUCUGGUUUGGGUCUCCGCGGAAGAGUUUGCACUGGAACAGGAUGUUUCAUGCAAACUGCUUCCCAAGUGGUUUGGACCAUGGCCCGUAACAUCAGCCGCGGGCGAUGAGCCCGAUGGCCCUUCAUUUGUGAUCAAUAUCCCUGCGCAUCUGACGGUCCAUCGAGUCUUUCACGCCUCGAAGCUGGCAACAUAUACACCAACUAAGAGUGACUACUUCCCGGGCCGACGAUCGCAGGAGCCUCCAUCUAUGGAUGGUCAUCAGGGAGUUGACGGCGUCAUCACGGAUCGCAAGUACGACAGCAAGCCUCGCCAGUACAAGGCUACAUUCAGAGCAUGCGAUCCCGACGACACUCGGUGGAUUUCAGGAACAAAUUUGAAAGCAUCCGCACCACUGAUCUACGCUCACUACGAGCGACAAAGGUUAGCUCAGGGACCUUCACGACCUGCCCCUCCCACCCGGACUGUGGUCCCUCCCUCAGACAGACAGCUUCGCCCUCGCAGCUCAUCACCAUCAUCUACCCGAGCAAUUCAUUUUCCUCUGGAGGGUCAAAUCCGAUUCUGCCAGUUUGAGAGACACAGUUCUGCAUUGCAGCUGAGAUGUAAGGAGGGAAGUCUGCCAGUUGGGAGAUCCAUGAGGAGUUGGAACGACGUGUCUGCACUCAGUUUGCAAUGUGUGGCAGCACUGGGAUCUAUAGGCAAAGCUCCGUUGCUGGGCACUGAGUGUGGAUUUCCAUCCAUCUACCGGUUCAAGACCCUCACUGCUAAUUGCCAUAAUUGGAUUCUGCCUGUGCAAACGUCGAAAGAUUCAGCAUUCUGUUGCCGCUACGUGGAUGGGUUAUAUGGUAUUGAUCCAGGAAGAGGGAAGGUAGGGUGGGAAGGGCGAUGGUGCUGCUCUCGCCACCUUGCCUGCGAGCAGCAUGGCUGGCCGAUAUGGUGGAACGGGCAGUUAAGGUGCGGACGACGCAGAGUUGGUAGGAUGGGGAGUGAGCAGCAGUGGCUGGGCAUAUGUGGCGGUCGCCGCUCAUCUGCCUGCCGAUUGGCUGCUCGUAAUAGAGAUGGGGAUGGUGUUGGGAAGCUUCCGGAAGCGGAUGGGGAGGAAAGCGCUCCUCCUCCGAAAGUUGAAGGCCCGCCUGAAGAGUACGAUCAUCGGCUGGAGACCGCUGAAAAGACCAGGUCCAUGGUCGCAGAGUUCUAUCCUGACUUGAUGGACCUGGUCGAGGAAGGGAGCCUUGUCGUUGUCCCAAGGCCAGAGGGUUACGUGGAGCGCCGGGUGGACGGGUACAGGGAGCCGGAGGUGGUUAUGAUCAUGGGAACUGCGCAUAUGUCGAGCAAGUCGGCCGACGAUGUGUCCCGUGUGAUCAGCACCGUGAGACCGGAGAACGUAGUUGUGGAGCUGUGCCGCAGCCGGGCGGGAAUCAUGUACAGCAGCGAUGGCAGGUCGACUCCCGACGAGCGGGAAGGAGACGGGGGUGCCGCAGGCAGGGCGCAGCGUGAAGGGGGAAAGACAGCAUCCAAAUCCAAUCUGAUGUCCUUGUCAGGGGAGAGCUUCGUCUCAGCCAUGGCUCGCAGCCUGCAACUCGGCGGCCGCUCAGCUCUCGCCAUGCGGUUGUUGAUGUCAACAAUCUCCGAACGCAUAUCUGCAUCGACUAGAGUAUCGCCAGGGGAGGAGUUCCGUGCAGCGCGGCUUGCAGCUGAAGAAGUCGGUGCGCAGUUGGUUUUAGGAGAUCGACCCAUCGAAAUAACACUACAACGUGCAUGGAAUGCUAUGAGCUGGCGGGAAAGAGUAAGCUUUGCCUUCAUUCUCUUGCAAGGAUCCUCGGGCGAGGACGCCUCCAUGCGUGUCAAAGAGGACAUGGCACGGAUGAUGACGUCUGACGACGCAUUGUCAGCAGUAUUCUCAGAGGUCGGCAAACAGUUCCCAUCGUUGAUUAGACCCUUGAUUAACGAACGAGAUGUGUAUUUGGCAUGGUCCUUAAAGCGGAGCAAGGCAGUUAAUGGCUCCCGCCUGGUUGUCGGCGUAAUCGGGAAGGGUCAUUUAAAGGGUGUCAUUUACGCACUCACACACGAUCAAGGCCGCUUACGGUUCAGCGAUCUAGUAGGAGCCAGGAACGCCUCUCGCAAUGGCGACGGCGCUUCCUGGAACGGCAACGGUAUGGUAGUGAAAACCCUGCGUAAUUUCGUAUUGGAAGCGGCUGUUGGAGGGGGUCUAUGGGUCCUGUACAAAUACUUGAUAGUUGGAACGAAGACAGGAGGAAUAGCCGAAAUGGAGAAAACCAGGAGUCCGACCAGGAACACAGGUAACAGCAACAGGUACAGGGGAGGAAGAGGAGGAAGAGGAGGAAGAGGAGGAAGAGGAGGAAGAGGAGGAGGAGGAAGAGGAGGAGGAGGAGGAGGAAGAGGAGGAGGAGGAGGAGUUGGAGUAGGAGUUGGAGUAGGAGUAGGAGGAGUACAAGCAGCAACAAGUGCAGCAGGGGCGGGAGAGGUAGCAGGGACAGGAACAGGAAUUGAGUCACUUGACGGAGGGGUGGGCAGAAAAAGCAGGAGUGGCAGCAGGAGCAGGAAAAAAGGGAGGAGCUGCAGAGACAGCAAGAGGAAGGAUUGCAACUUUCAACACAGCGAUCAGGAGAAGGUACAAAGGGAGGAGUAGCACAGGCCCACAGGGAGCAUGCCCAGGCGCGACAGUAGGUGGACGCCCAACAUCUGCACACAAUACGCAGAAGGUUAGAAUGAC